GUUUCUGUGAGAGAUAUCAACAUGUCCUGCUCGCUCUUUAGCUCGUCUCUAUAGUUAAAACAGUCUCGUGAACUGAGCUGAUUCUUUUCUGUAGCUUUUUUUUAAGUCCCUCGUGGUUCAACUAAACAAGUCCCAGAAUGCAAAGACUAAAAAUAUGGAAAGGUGGUUGGUCCCUGCUGAAAUCAAGCUUUGAGAGAGGAUCAACACAUGUAAACAGGUCCGAGCCAUCCUCACGAGCAUACAGCCAGGGCCCCAGUCCAUUCGGGCUCCUCUUUGAUAUUGACGGGGUGCUGGUUCGGGGCAGGACUCCGAUCCCUGGAGCAAAACAAUGCUUCAAGAAACUAGUGGAUCGCAACGGAAAGUACAAGGUCCCUGUGGUGUUUGUCACUAAUGCUGGAAAUUGCAUGCGGCAGACCAAAGCAGAACAUCUGUCCCAACUGCUGGAGGCUGAGGUUUCCCCAGACCAGGUGAUGCUUUCCCAUAGUCCUUUGCGGAUGUUCACCCAGUUCCAUAAGAUGUCUGUGCUUGUGUCGGGCCAGGGUCCUGUCGAAGAAGUGGCUCAUAACCUUGGUUUUGAAGAUGUCGUGACCAUAGACACGCUCCGAGAGGCUUAUCCGCUGCUGGAUGUCGUGGAUCAUGAUAGACGUCCUAAAGAUAAGAUCCCACCCACCAAAGGGCUACGGAAAAUAGAUGCUGUGAUUUUAUUUGGCGAGCCGGUCAGAUGGGAGACAAACCUCCAGUUAAUUGUUGAUGUUCUUCUGACUAAUGGAAGCCCCGACAACAACUGGGCCUCAGCGCGGUCGCCUCACCUCCCUGUGCUCGCCUGUAACAUGGACCUGCUGUGGAUGGCAGAGGCCAAGAAUCCAAGAUUUGGACACGGCAUGUUCCUGGUGUGUUUGGAGAAUUUGUAUAAAAAAGUUACAGGAUAUGACUUGAAGUACGAAGCCCUCAUUGGCAAACCGAGUGUGGUGACGUACAACUACGCUGAGCAGCUCAUUAGACAACAGGCGGAGAAACUUGGAUGGACCACACCAGUCAAGAGGUUAUAUGCUAUAGGUGACAAUCCAAUGGCGGAUAUUUACGGGGCAAAUCUCUACAAUCGCUACCUCCAAACGGUUCAUCUCGACAAAGUUCAGCUGAAGGCCAAAGGCGGGUCAGGAGCAGUGGAUGCUCCUACAGAUUCAGCUGCCUCUCAGACGUCCUCCUCGGGGCUGGGGAGGUCUGCGGGUGGAGGUGAAGCAGAGCAUGAGCUUCCUGAGGGUUGCAGCUCCAUCUUAGUGUGCACCGGAGUGUACAGCAAAGAUCAGGAGGAGCUGCCCUCAGACCCGUCAGAAACAGUUACUGAACAGAGGAUCUUUCACGGCCACAGGGAUUUCCGCUUUGACCCCAGCCUCAUGCAGCCGUCUUUCGUGGUUAAUGACGUCCAAGAGGCAGUGGAGCUCGUGUUUCAACAGGAACGCUGGCCUUUAGAGUAGCAUCUUUAGUUUUGUUUUAAUUUUAUUAUGCAAAAUCGACUCUUGUGAGCUGUAAGACAUGUUAUAACGCUGUUACAUCCUCAAAAACAGACCUGGAGUUGUGUUUUGUUUCAUUUACACAUGUUUGAGUAACACUUUAUUAUUAGUCUGUACAUCUCCCAAGCUCAGAAUGCUCUGUUCCACCUUGUGAUGUCAUGAAGUGGUAGUUUUCAAGGUAACAGCUCCUUUUACCUUUAGUUCAGUAGCGAUGGGCAAUUCCAGGGCUGAAAUCAUCCAAACGAUUCUAGAAAUGAAGGUGUGUGGAGUUUAAAAACACAGUGGAGCACUUCCUGUAUUACCACAUGAUGACAUCACAAGGUGGAACAGAGUGUUUUCUGUUUGAGAGAAGCAGGGUUUGUGUGUUAAACAUGUGUGAAUGAACCAAAACACAACUCCAGGUCUGUUUGUGACAUUAUAACAGAUCAGGAAAUAGCCUAAAAUGGGCCUUUUAAUUUUAUCAGUCAAGACAUAAUC